CCUAUUUUUCCAAGUCAGGAAAAGGGACUGAAUGAAGGGCGGUGCCAGAUUUGAAGAUUUCUUUCCUUUUGCAGUUUGGACUGAGUUUAGAUGUCCUAAAGCCAGCUUGGCUCUCCACAGCCCUCGAGGAAAACGUCUCUUUGAUGAAUGGUUUCCACAUUGCUGAGGAAUUUACACACCCAAAAACGAAAGCAUCGAAACUAAAAAAUGUGACCCACAUUUGGGCCGGUUCUUGUGACAGAAUGUCCUGUGUACUUGCCACCUCCCUAAGUGGAGCCAAGGAAGCAUGACUUAAUGUGAUGCCUGGGCCAUCAUCAUCAUGAAUGAGUUCUCUCACUGCUGCUGUGUGAGCUGUACCUGACAGAACAGAGACCAUGAAGCAAUUAGAGGGAUGCUCACAGUACCUGUGAGUUGGCCUGCUGCUGUGGGACUGCUGGCUGCUCCCUCUGCUGUGGCUGUUGCCCCAAGAUCCGACAGUCCCGGAGUACCCGCUUCAUGUAUGCCCUCUACUUCAUUCUCGUCGCCGUGCUCUGCUGCAUCAUGAUGUCACAGACUGUGGCUAAUGAGAUGAAAAAGCACGUUCUGAACAAAUCGACAAAAAGAUUACAGUGUCAGCAGAUUCCUUUUUACGAAGACAUUUGUAAAAGCAUUAAAGCUGGUGACACCUGUGAGAAGCUGGUGGGGUAUUCCGCGGUGUAUAGAGUCUGCUUUGGAAUGGCCUGUUUCUUCUUUAUCUUCUCCCUCCUGACCUUAAAUAUCAACAACAGCAAAAGCUGCAGAGCCUACAUUCACAAUGGCUUUUGGUUCUUCAAGCUCCUGCUUCUGGGGGCCAUGUGCUCAGGCGCUUUCUUCAUUCCAGACCAGGAGACCUUUCUGAAUGCCUGGCGCUAUGUGGGAGCCAUCGGAGCCUUCCUCUUUAUAGGCAUCCAGCUCAUCCUGCUCGUGGAGUUCGCACAUAAAUGGAACAAGAACUGGACCGCAGGAACCACUCACAACAAGCUGUGGUACGCUGCUCUGUCCCUGGUGACCCUCGUCAUGUACUCCAUCGCCACUGGAGGCUUGAUUUUGAUGGCAGUGUUUUAUACACAGAAAGAUGGUUGCAUGGGGAACAAAAUUCUCCUGGGAGUAAACGGAGGCCUGUGUGUACUGAUUUCAUUGGUCGCCAUCUCACCCUGUGUCCAAAAUCGGCAGCCCCACUCCGGGUUACUGCAGUCGGGGCUCAUAAGCUGCUAUGUCACGUAUCUCACUUUCUCAGCUCUGUCCAGCAAACCUGUAGAAGUGGUUCUGGAUGCACAUGGGAAGAACAUUACGAUCUGUGUGCCUGACUUUGGUCAGGACCUGUACAGAGACGAAAACUUGGUGACUGGACUGGGUACCACUCUCUUGUUUGCGUGCAUCUUAUAUUCAUGUUUGACAUCGACAACGAGAUCGAGUUCUGAUGCUCUGCAGGGGCGCUCUGCAGCUCCCGAACUGGAAGUAGCUCGGUGUUGCUUUUGCUUCGGUCCCUAUGGAGAAGACACUGAAGAUCCGCAGAAUAUGAAAGAGGGGCCGGGCGUCAUUUAUGAUGAGAAGAGAAGCACCGUCUACAGCUAUUCCUAUUUCCACGGAGUCUUCUUUUUGGCUUCCCUCUAUGUGAUGAUGACCGUCACCAACUGGUUCAACUAUAAAAGUGCCUACAUUGAAACCUUCUUCAGCGGGAGCUGGUCCAUCUUCUGGGUCAAGAUGGCCUCCUGCUGGAUGUGCGUGCUGCUGUACCUGUGGACGCUGGUGGCGCCCCUCUGCUGUCCUUCUCGGCAGUUCUAUGUGUGAGGCCUGCAGCCGGAAGGGACGUCCUGUGAGCAAGUGUCCCAGGAGUCUGAGCACUGACUGGCGCUUUUUGAAAAGCUGGCUUCCCCUGGCUUUCAGGGGAGGAAAAAGUCACCUGAUGAGCUUUUUAAUUCUGAAAUUCGAAAAGAAACUACCAAGUUAUCCCAAAAGAAUUGAAAAUUUUAACCAAGUUGA